AUCUCAAUGCCGCAUUUUAUUAUUUUGUAUCAUUUACGCCCCAUAAAAACAAAGGACACUAUUAUUUAUUUAUGAAUUUCAAAUAAAGACUCAUUUAGUGCUGACCUUUCACAAAAACCAGCAUUUAGCUUAUGUAACUUGUCGCUUUUGGCUGUGAAGCGCCUGUGAAGUGUCACGUGUCACGGCUCGUAUUUGGUGCCUGGAAAAGAAAAACACAAACUCGUGACGCAUCCCAGCUUAAAAUUAGACUUGCAUUUACGCAACACAUUUACAUAAAGUCCAGCACGUCUGUAUAUAAAUUGUAGGGCUUUGGCCCCACAGUGAACAAAAGAGUUUUCUUCUCAUUUAGACAGAGUUGGACUCCUUAUUUGGUGUCGACUCAAAUAUUAAUUGGAUAUAUUUAGCAAUUAUAGAUAUAGUGGCCUAUUUUCCCCAAAGAAUCGAUGAAGACGGACAGUAUAGUGCAGGCUAUUCCGCUGAGCGGCAGAAAGCGGAGUCUGAUCGAGGACGCGCGGCGCGACAGAGAGAGCGGCUCGUCAUCUCCGGGGCCCUCGCGCUGCGGGGACAGCUUCGUGUUUGAGGAGGAGAAGAGCGGUAAAGCCACUCUCAACAUCCUCUUUGCUCUCAGAAAUGAGAAGAACGCAGGCUUCUUCAAGGUUGGCAAAGUCUUUGAGACUUUUGAAGCCAAACUCCUCCAUUUAGAGAGUCGACCAAGCAGGAAGUCGAAGAAAAGCGGUGGAGAUGAUCUGGAGUUCUUCAUGAGGUGUGAAGUGCACUGCUCCGACACUGACAUCUUCAUCAACUCCUUAAAAAGAGUUGCAGAUGAAGUGAAAAUAGUGCAAGAAGAGAAGAUUCCUUGGUUUCCAAAGAAGAUUUCUGACCUAGAUAAAUGCAAUCAUCUGAUAACAAAAUAUGACCCCGAUCUGGACCAGGAUCACCCUGGAUUCAGUGAUCCAGAAUACAGAAAACGAAGAGGAAUAGUUUCUGAACUGGCUUUCAACUAUAAGCAUGGAGACCCUUUGCCUGUAGUGGAAUACACUCCACAAGAGAUUGCCACUUGGAGGGAGGUCUACAGGACUCUGAGCAAUCUGUACCCCACUCACGCCUGCAGACAGUUUCUAGAAGCCCUCGGUCAGCUGGAGAGUGAAUGUUUGUAUGGAGAGGACAAGAUCCCUCAGCUAGGAGAAGUGUCUGCAUUUCUUAAAGAGAGGACAGGUUUUCAGUUACGGCCAGUGGCAGGGCUGCUUUCUGCUCGGGACUUCCUAGCCAGUCUAGCGUUCCGGGUGUUCCAGUGUACCCAGUACAUUCGUCACCCUUCAGCUCCCAUGCAUUCCCCUGAACCUGACUGCUGUCACGAGUUACUUGGACACAUUCCCAUGCUUGCAGACAAAGAAUUUGCUCAGUUUUCACAGGAGAUUGGACUUGCCUCGCUUGGAGCAUCAGAUGAAGACAUUGAGAAACUGUCCACACUAUACUGGUUUACAGUGGAGUUUGGUCUCUGUAAGCAAAAUGGAACAGUGAAGGCCUAUGGGGCUGGACUACUGUCCUCAUAUGGAGAACUUUUGUACGCUCUUUCUAAUGAGCCCCAAUACAAACCAUUCAGUCCAGCUGAGACUGCGGUCCAACCGUACCAGGACCAGUCAUAUCAGCCCGUUUACUUUGUGUCCGAAAGCUUUGAGGAUGCCAAACGCAAGCUAAGGCAGUAUUCAUCCACAAUACAGAAGCCCUUCUCCAUUAGAUAUGAUCCCUACACUUGCAGCAUGGAGGUUUUGGAUGAGCCUUCUAAGAUCCAGAAUGUUUUAGCACAGAUGAGGGAUGACCUGAAGAUCUUACAUAAAGCCCUGGAGAGGCUGGGACAGAAGUAAACCAUAGGGCGAGAUACAGUAUCAUCAGUAACAACCAUUUAUUUACUGAAAGCCUUUCUGAAUGUGUAUGAAUAUUGCAGAUUACACUGCAUAAUGUCCGGUGUUGAAAUGUGUAUAUGUGUGUGUAUGUAUCACCUUUAAAUGUAAUGCAGAGUUCUGUUUACCGAAAUAAUAAAAAUAUUUAUUUUGA